GCCUAGCCAACUUCAGGAUCCGCGAUGGCCGGAAGAGGACGUGGGGGGAGGUUCGGGGGUCAGGAUGGGAACUCCCAUGGCAAGAUUGUGGCCAGCGGUCGUGGCGGUAGCGAUGCUUCUGCACUAGCACGAGUGCUCAACACGGCGGACUGCUGUGCGUGUGUGUCGAACGGCCCUCUCCUGGUUGAGCUCAAGAGCCUGGAUGAGGAGUGCUUGAGGACCGGCAAGGUGAAGCUCAGGCACGGGCUGAUGCGGGCCAUGAAGUCCCUGAAGCGUUACCCCCUCCCGAUCACCACAGAAAAGGAGGCGUGCGCACUGGAAGGGGUAGGGAGCUUCACCGCCCGCCGAAUGCUGCGUGGCUUGCCGCCGGCCGGACCGGAACCCGAAAACAGCAGCGGUGUCCGCAGGACCGACGAAGAAAAUAUCGAACCCUCCGGAAGCUCGUCUUCCCGGGGAGGAGGAGCUAGAAAAUCCAGCAACAAGAGUACCGGAACCUCGUCUGUGACGAAUGCUGAUGCUGGUAGCCGUCUUCCUUCCGACACCAACUCGCUGCUCCGCAUGAACCUCCGGGUGGGCAGCAGCGCAACGACAACCACCGGUGGUCGGCCCCUGUCGCUGGCUUCCAAUUUCGCCGCGCUUCGCGGUGGCGGCGAAGAGACAACGCCUGACGUUACGCCGAAGCGGCCGACCUCGCGCGCGAGGAAGGAAGAGGCGAGUGGCGAGACCGCGCGCUCGUCGAAGGCGCCCAGCUUUUUCAGCGGGCAGUGGGAGGCGUGGCUUGUCGUUGACAACCGCGAGCACGAGUUCAUGUCUGUGCAGUCUUCGCUUCUGCAGAAGGGGAUACGCUGCGAAACCAGACAGCUACCGCUCGGCGACAUGCUCUGGAUAGCUAGAAAGAGGGACGACCCUACUUCGGAGGUGCUGCUGGGCUACAUCGUGGAGCGGAAAACGGCCUCGGAUCUGGCCAGCAGCAUCAUCGAUGGCCGCUACGAAGAGCAAAAGCGACGCCUCAAGCUGAGCGGCCUCCGGCGGCGCAUCUACCUGGUGGAAGGGAACCUGAACCACCAGGAGCAGCUUGCCCCUGCCGCCCUUAGGACAGCCCUGGUCUCGUCGCAGGCCUGUGGGGGCCUUGCCGUGGUGCAGUGCGACGGCCUGCGCGACACCGUAAACUUCCUCGCGCGGACUCACCGCCACAUCGCGUCCCUCCUAGAACUAUCCUGCCGACGCGAGGCAGGGCUUUCGCCCGUCCGGGGGUCCCGCGAGUGCUCGGGGGGGAGGGCGAUGCUGAGGCCGGCGAUGACCUACGGGGAGUACGCCCAGGGCUGCGCGAAGCGUGCGGGCUCCACGACGGUGAGGCAGGUGCUGGGAGCCAUGGUGCGGCAGGCUCCCGGGUGCAGCGCGGCGAGGGCGGAGGCUAUCGUCCGAGCCUUCGAUUCGCCGCUGGGGCUGAUGCUGGCCCUCGAGCGCGCGGCUAGCGGGGACGGUAUAGCUGGCGAUGAUGCCGCCAGGAUGAAGAGGGCGGAUGCGUUGUUGGGCGGUUUGGUGUGCAGCGGAGGGGCCGGCACCAACAAACUCCCUCAACCGUUACGACGAUUGCUGUGCCGGUUGUUCCUAGGGGAUAGUGUGGACGACGAGGGGGCGGGGGCAAGCGCUGGUGGGGUGGGGGCGGCGGGGCCGCCAACAGCAGCGGGUGGUUAUGGUCGUCGGGGGCACAGCAAUGCCGACUUGUCGGUGGGGGGUCCCUACUGUGUUGAUGGCUGGGAUGUAGAGCCCAUGAAUCAAGAUGACCCGUAUUAGAUACUCAGGAGCGCGUAGAGUUGUGCGUUAUUUUCGGUCAUCCAGAAUAUCCAAGGACCGAAAUACGGCACUCACUUGCUCUGCUCCCUGACAUGUAUUUACUCGUGUGCCUACGCACACAUACAACCUUUUCACGACGGUUUUCUGACGUACGUGUCGUGCUACAAAUGUGUACGUGCGGUGUGGUGGUGUGUCCUGCUCUAAAUGUGAGCCUAACGCGCGUGGCCUCUGCGAAGUAUUCAGCAAGCAUGCUUCCCGCAAGCAUUCCGCGGCUGCAUCACAGGAUUGGGCACGUCGGCAAUGCAACUAGAAGUGUUCCGCCUAGAGGAAGUAGUGGGAAAUAGACAGUCAUGUGCUGAGCUCAGCGCCAUCCACCUGUCCAGCGAGAUUGAUUAUUCCCUUGUUUUCCACCUGUGGUGUUCUGAAUCGUGUCGCUGCCGCGACCCCUUUGGGGGUACUGCAUGCGUAGACAAACAGACCCGUGUUUGGGCACGAAAGGGCUAAGACCUAACAAUAUCCCCU